ACACACUGGGAUACGUCCGAGUAUGGCAGCGGGGAUCCGUCUCCUCUUGGUAACUAUCCAAAGCCCGGUGCCCAUUACAGUGAAGAUUUAGAAGAGUCUGAUGAUCAAGAGUGGAAUAUACACGACAAGUUGCUGCAACUUGACAACAACUGUAGGAGGUUUAUGCGCAAGUACAAACACGCUGAGGAGCGCCAUAUGUACUACAAAGCAGAGUGGAGGAAAAUAUACAAGGCUAAAGAGGAAUCCGAAAAUGUGUUUUUACGGCAAAUUGAACAACUCACUAAGCAACAUGAUAGGGAUAUAGAGAAGAUUCGAAAAUUGGAGGCGGAGCUCGCUCAAUAUCGAUUCGGUCAUUUAUCGGGAACUAACGCAUAUCAUUUCGCUAUGCCUUUAUCUUCACAUGCUCAAAAUAGAAGCUCAUUGAUGCCUCCUUUGCCACCGUUACCAAGCAGCACUGCAACACCUUCUACUAGCGCUGUCGAGUCAAUCACGGGAGCAGGUGAAGCCUUAACGGAACAAGCCGACUUAUCGAUGCUCCGACCGCUCCAAUUCGACUCGUCGUUCGUCAACCGACAGGUGCUGGACGACAUUGAUGAAACGAAGAAUUUCCGUGCUCUAGCUGUAGAAGAUAGCGAAAGCUUUCUUUCUGGAAUGGAGGCUCCUCGUGAUAGCCAGCCUGAGAAGACCAUCACCGAAAAAACUGAAGAGGAUGUGAUCUUAGAUGAUGGGUAUGGAACAACGUCUGACAAUGCCGCAACUAAGGGAGCUGACUAUAGCUCGUGUAAGAAAACUAACAGCGUUUGUCAGAACAAAGCACCAAGUAAUCAAACGUGA